UACUAAAUUGCAAAAGCAAGUGACAGUUUUGCCCCUCAGCCUCCCUCCUCAAUGUCCUCCAUUAGUCCAUUCCUUCCACUCAUGGUAACCUCAUUGACACAGCAUUCGCCUCCCUCAUCUAAGUCAAGUGCUAGAUCACUCACCAGUCACCGCUAACCGUUCCUCGGUGCAUGCAAGAAUAAUGGCAGCCGUCAUGCCAGCGACACCGACGACGCCAAUGAUGACGACGGUGCCCUUACCGGACUACCAGGUGUCCGGCGCGGUCACGGCCGCCCCGCGGCACGGCGCCUCGGGCUCCGUCGGCGCGUUCUUUGGGGUGCUGGCCGCGGUGCUGCUUCUCACCGUGCUUUCCUGCGUCUUCGGCCGGGUGUGCGCGGCGCAGGCCGAGAGACCCGACGAGUGGUACGACUGCACGAGGCUAGCACGCCGGAGGUGCUGGAGGCGGCGCGCGCCCCGGCUGCCGGUGCCAGCUCAGGAUGUGGAGGAGCCAGCUGCACCGCCACCGCCACUGCCUGAACCGUGAAGAGGCAGCUGCUCAGGUUCUCGAUCCUUCAGUUGUCCUUCGCUGCACUUGCAGGUUAGUACCAUAGGAAAAAUAGGCAAUAAAAAAGAUACUGUAGAUCAAUGCAAUGUUCUUCUAAACCUUUGAUCUUUCGUCAUGUUAUUUAGCUUUUCAUUUUUAGCUUUUGAUUUUCAUUUUCAUGCAGUAAGAUCAUAGCGUUAUGCCAGUUCCAGACUCAGUUAUUUUUGCCAUUAUGGCUGAUAAUCAACAGCGAAAACUAUCAGGAAAUAGUGUUUACACACAGAAAGAACUAUUUGUGCAAAAAACAGUUUCCAAUUUUGCUUCCACAUUUGUUUAUCAGGAAAGAUAAAUGAUUUUCUAGG